UUUUUGCUAUUAGAACUUUAUCAAGGCCGAGCUUUAUGUCUAUGCAGUCACCGGCCCUUAAAAAUGCUAUAUUCCUCAUUGAAUCGCUCUCUCUCGGCAAGCUUUCUCCCAGCAAGCGAAAAGCUCCACUUGUUUCGCUGGACCAUUUCCAUCGUUGUUUGAAGAAGGCCAAAUUUUCGCCGCUGGCCUUUAUUAUCGAAAAUAUAUGGAGUGACAUCCAAAGACCGGCUGCCAACAAGAGAAGUAUCUCGGCACUCCAAACCCCAUUAGACAAAUCGGACGUCAAGAAGAUGAAAGGAUGGUUGGCAAUUGAAGAAGAAAUCCGAGAACAGGAAAUCCCAGACGUGUAUAUGACCGAACCCAUGGAAAUUGGAUCCUCUGCUGAAGAGUUCGAGGAUGAGCUUCAAGUAUUCGCGGAAGAUGAUUACGAAGACGACGACGAAUUAUUCUUUGACGCCAUGUCGUUGGAUUUCUGGGAGAAUGAAGACGAAGAUGGAUAUGAGGAUGAAUACGAAUACGACGAUGAAGACGAUGAAGAUGAACUAUUCUCUGAUGUCAUGUCGUCCGAAACUGAGGAUUGGGGAGAGUAUUACUCGGAUGCGGAAUCUUUCAGUGACGAAAGUGAGAAUGACACAGACGAAGAAAUUUUCGUGGAUGCCAUGACUUUUGACGAAACAGCUGCUCAUCGUUUCUAUGCCGCCAUUGAAUCAGUGCAGAUUAGACAUGUGGAGACGAUGUAUAUAAUGAACCAUAUAAAUUUUACAUCCAUUGUUUAACUGAUGAUAAUGAACUUUAGUGCAUGCUGCAAAUUUUGGAAGCGAUGAUCAGUGCCUAAAAAGCGACUCAUCCGUGAUACUUUUGUAACUGUUGAUAGCAAGCCAGAUUUCCGUGGUUCAUGCGGAUUGCUUCACCUUCAGCAAGAGACACAGAGAAAUCAUUCCGUGUACAAAUCCAGCAUAUGCAUCCAAGACCGGGGCACGCUGAUACCGUUCCACAUUUCGCGUUGCAGAUGAGAAACUUCAAAUUGGUACGGUGAUUGGUGCGGGCGGUUGGAGAACAACACAGAAUGUUUCGACGGCAGGUGUUGCUUCACAUUCGUACGAGCCGGCGGAGUGGUUUGACUGAAAAAAAUCUAGCAUCAGAUAGACGUUGAGCCUACUCUUGAAUAAA